AUGGCAUACCCUCAGCAUCCAGCGCAGAGAGCCCCCCCGGUGCGAAACUAUGCGCCCCGCCCUCCCGCCCGAGGCGGGGGCUACCAGGGCCCGCCGCAAAAUGGACAUUACGAUUAUGGAUACGACAAUCAACAUUACGGAUAUGGCGACGCUGCCCAGGAUGCUCGGCAUGGUUAUCCCGGUGAUAGUGCGGUCCCAAGGUCAUAUGGCCCUCCGCGAGGCGCGCCACGGCCUCCACAUGGUGGCUAUGGCCCCCCAAAGGAAGAUCGAGGGUACGCAUAUCGGGGACGCCCGCCGCCGCAGGGAUACGAUGGUCGUCGUGGAUAUGGGGACAGACCUCCUCCGAUGCAGGAUCGUAUGAGACCGCCUGCUCGUGGACCGCACUCUCCCGACAAGAUGGCAUUUGACAACCCAUUCCCAUCGUUCCCCGUAAAGGAUCCGUGCGGACCGAGAGGGAUUGAGAGUGGGAUGGCUGCAAUGAACCUCAACGGUGGCCCCGUACCCCCUUCACAGGUUCCGGACCGCCCGCAUACGUCGCAUGGCAGACGGCAACCUAGGCCUGGGUCUCCUGGCCGCGGCAGAGGCAACCAUCCCACACCUCCUGUGAGAUCGGCUAGUACAGGUCGUCCUCGUGCAGGUUCAUCCGAUCGAUACGACCGGUCGUACACCGAUCCUAGUGGCCCGCCACCCGUACCACACGUCAAUCGAAGUGCUACGAUGCCCGUCAACCCAGCAGUGCCACCUGCACCGUCCAAACCGCUGUACCCUGGACAGUCAACGUACCAAGACCUUAACUCUCCCCCGCAGCAUGGCCAGCAUGAGCAUUUCGAUACUGAAGCAUGGUUGGACAGCUAUUAUAAUUCGGUUCAUGCUGGUGACCACGACAUGCCUAACUUCGAUGCCAUGCCUGAUCCAGCAAAGGGGGGCGUAAUCGAUGAGAGUUUGCCCGGCUUAGAACAGCCUAAGGCUAGAGCGCCCAUUGAAUCACCACCGUCGUCUCGCGGAGGAUAUACCGCAUUCAACCCUCAUGGGGCGGGUGAUCCCUAUCCCCAGUCACCGACUGAUACCAGGGCUGCACCCGUACCAAACCAGUUUGCGAAUGCAGGGUUCCAGUUCGACCUACCGAGUGAGGGACUACCGGGCCAUCCUGGACAGCAACAAGACAAUGCGGGAUAUGCUUACCACGCCAACCCUUACGAGGAUCCCUACCAUCAAGGACAAGGAAGCUGGGGCGCUACGAUGCCACAAUAUCCCGAAAGUUAUAGCGGCUAUUCUGUUCCGGAGAACUAUUCCGCUCCAGCCAACUAUCCUGCUCCAGCCAACUUUCCUGUACCAGAGAACUACCCUGUCCCGGAGAGUUACCCUGCACCGGAGAGUUAUUCCGCUCCAGAAAAUCCUGCCCGGGGCAAUGGGCCACCUCGUCCCUACAGGGCCAACCAACCUGCGCCUGUACAUGAGCAGGCACAACCGCCUAGCCAACCAGAAUCCCUGGAUGCUCAGAAUAAUCCCGAUGCACUCCCUCAUCAUCCCGUGCCUUUCCGCCCCGGCCACGAUCAGGGGAGUAAACCUGCCCCAGUACGACAAUAUGACAAUGUCAGCACUUCAGCAUCCCCCCCUGCUGCACCACAAGCCGUUCCUGCCGACCCAGCACCUUCUGGACCAGUCACUCAGCAAGAACUUCAGCGCCUUCAGCAGCUAGCCAAAAGUCGACCGUCAGAUAACAAGACGCAGCUCUUAUUUGCGCAGAAGUUGGUUGAGGCGUCGACGGUCCUGGUUGAUGCCAGCCGAAUGGACCCGAAGACUAAAGCGAAGGCCCGUGAAAAGUAUAUUAUGGACGGUAACAAGAUAGUCAAAAAGUUGGCCUCCAGUGGGUAUGCUGAUGCGCAGUUCUUUCUUGCGGACUGUUACGGCCAAGGACAGAUGGGUCUUAAUGUGGAUCCCAAGGAGGCUUUCAGCCUAUACCAUUCCGCUGCAAAGCAAGGCCAUGCUCAAUCUGCAUAUCGAGUCGCUGUAUGCUGCGAAAUAGGACAGGAGGAAGGUGGAGGCACCAAACGUGAUCCAUUCAAGGCGGUGCAGUGGUACAAACGCGCUGCAUCCCUGGGUGACCCACCGGCAAUGUACAAGAUGGGAAUGAUCUUGUUCAAGGGACUUCUCGGCCAGUCAAAAAACCCACGUGAAGGGAUUUCGUGGUUAAAACGCGCUGCGGACCGUGCUGAUGUCGAAAACCCACAUGCUCUUCAUGAGCUUGCCCUCAUGUAUGCCAAUGCGGGCAGCAAUGAUGUUGUCAUUCAGGAUGAGGCCUACGCUAGCCAGCUUUUCCACCAGGCUGCAGAGCUGGGGUACAAAUUCUCACAAUAUCGUUUGGGCACUGCCUAUGAGCAUGGCUUGAUGGGAUGUCCUGUCGAUCCCCGGCAGAGCAUCAUCUGGUACACCCAUGCUGCAGCCCAAGGAGAGCACCAAAGUGAACUUGCUCUCAGUGGAUGGUACCUUACAGGCGCGGAGGGCAUCCUCCAGCAGAGUGACACGGAAGCAUAUCUCUGGGCGCGAAAAGCCGCGACUGCCGGCCUUGCCAAAGCCGAAUAUGCAAUGGGAUAUUUCACUGAGGUUGGUAUCGGCGUAGCUGCCAAUUUGGACGAUGCAAAGAGAUGGUAUUGGCGGGCAGCUGCGCAACAAUUUCCCAAAGCUCGUGAGCGUCUCGAGGAACUUAAACAGGGCGGCGCCCGGAUGCAAAAGACACGACUCUCCCGAUCUGCUGUCAAUCAACAAAAGCAGAACGAGGGCGAUUGUGUCAUAAUGUGA